AUGCGUCCUAUCUCACUACUCACAGCCGUUAUCCUCCCCCUCGCUCUUGCGGCCCCCGUGCCUGAUAAAGACACCUCCACACCCCAAAUUAUCCCCAUUCCCUCUCCGGCCGCAAUUCUCGCCCUCAUCAAUGCCGGCCUUGCCGGUUCCGCCACCCCAGCCGAUGUAGCUUACGUCACCGGACUAAUUGCUGCAGCUGAAGCCGCCGCCGCCGCCGCUCAGGAAAUCGGUGGUUCUAAAAGUAAGAGACAAUCAGGCUUGGGAGAUCUAGGAGAUCUAGGUGGUCUUACCAGUAUCCUGGGAGAUCUGCCCUUGGGGUCCUUGGGCUUGGGUAUUCUGAAAGAGCGAAGUGAGAAAGCCAAGCGACAAGAUUUAGGCCUAGGAGGUCUAGAUAGUCUUACCGGUUUACUAGGAGAGUUGGGAUUGGGAAGUAUUCUGAAAGAGAAAGCCAAGCGACAAGAUUUGGGCCUAGGAGGUCUAGAUAGUCUUACCGGUUUACUAGGAGAGUUGGGAUUAGGAAGUAUUCUGAAAGAGCGAAAUGAGAAAGCCAAGAGACAAUCCUUCUCCCUCGAAGGUAUCACUGGUCUGGAUGGUCUCGAUGGUGCUUUGGACCCCCUUUUGGGAGAGCUGGGCCCAGUAACUAGUGUAACUGGAGCUGUUCCUCUUACUGGUACUGUCAAACGACAGGAUCUUCCCAUUGUAGGAAGUGUGUCAGGGGUCGCGGGACUUACAAAUGAUCUACCACUCGGCCCACUUGGUUCUGUUGCUGGUGUUGUUCUUAAAAAUCCUAUUGGUGUGACCUCUUUGGUGGGUGCACUCAAGGAGAGGUCUAAGAGACAACAAGAAGGUAUGGUGUUUACUUCCAUUUAA